AUUCGACCGUCGCUCAUGGCAUUCGAUGCUGCUAUCUUCGGGAACUACACUUUGAGGACAUCCAUUUCACAGUUGGGAAGCAAAACCUUCUUCCUGUCUGUCAUCCUCACGGCAUGGUGCCCAUGGCAGGGAGUUCGUAAUCAUCCAGAUCAAUCUCUGCAGAGCAUUCUGGUCUUCUUAGGUAGCUUCCUGUCCUUUGCUCUACGCAUCGGCUUGCUGGGCUUUGUGUCUGACAAAACUUGGCAGUUUGGCACCUUUGAUGCAGUGUCUUGCGCAUUGCUCUUCAUGCUGGGAAUCAAGGCCCGCAUGGAUUUGGCCAGUUGUGAUGCUCGAGAAGUGAGGCUGAGAUUCAAUGCUACAAGCCAUGGUGCGGAUGCAGCUGGUGGGGAGCCCGAUCCCGAAAAGCCAAAGGAGCCCUUCAGCCAGUGGAACAGCGCAGCCUUCAGCACUUUCAUGCCAGCCUCAGAGGCAAAGGAGCCCGCGACAACGCAGUAUGGCACCGAAACGCAGUUUGUGCCUUCAGAUGGAGUGCUUUCUGGUCGACCGGAUGAUAGGAGCGUCUCAAACCUGUUGGCCUUUGUUCUCACUUUCGUCAUUAUCUUCUUGGCGCAGGCAGAUGAUCGUUCCGUCACAGCGCUGAUUCAGACGGGUGUGCAGAGUGCAGAUGCCAUUUGUGGUGCCUUGCUGGGCAUUUUUUUGCCAACCCUUGUGGCGGUCUUCUUCGGAAUUUUCCUGGAGGGUAGUCUCAUCGAUUCCAGGAUUAGAAGGGUUGCCGCAUGGUAUCCGCAUUAUCUUUUUUUAAAGGCUCAGGCAACCUCUGCUUGUGACAUGUUAUUCAAUUUUUCUUCAGCUAGCAUUCCUACAAAACAUCUCAUUUUGUUGUUUUUUGUUUGGAAACGGACACAACUAUGGUGGCUUUUCUGUUGGAUUUCUCUGCUCAUUCUCCCCGAUUUGCUGAAAAAACUCUGUGGCCAGGCUGCUCUUCACGGUUUCUUCCAUCCUGCUGGCCCUGAGCUUCAUUACUUUGACACAGGCUUUGCUUUACCUUGAUGCAGCCCGUCCGAUGCAGGAGAAAGUUCUGGCACUGCUGAACUUGUUCACAGAGAGCUGAAUCCUGAAAAAGCCUAGAG